UUGAUCUCUGAUAAUGAUUGAAUAGCUUUCAUCUUGUGACCUUGUGAUUGUAAAAACCUGGUGACCCUCACUUGUACUCCCUUUAUCCCUUCUUUUUACUUUGGAAACUUGUAAUCACAAGGACAAAUGCCCUGAUGCUAAGGGAGGAACUUGAAUCUGCUAGAACUAACCAUUAACUUGGUUCUAGCACAAUUCCCCUCCUUUACAUUUGUAAAUUGCUUCUGCCUAUACUUGCUAUUGAGAUGGUAAUGAUUCCAUUUCCCCUUGUUUGAAUCCACAAAAACCUUGAACCCCUUAGACUUGGAGAGACAGAUUUUUAGGCCCAUAGGCCAUCUGGCCUCCAGCUUCACAUUUAGCAAUAAACUCUGAAACCGUGGUGCCUCAGGUAUUGGUCAUUUGAGCGCAGAGGGCAGAGAUUCCACCACUUUUGGACCUUAUCAACCCCAUGGCUUAGCCAUGGUCUACUGCCCCCAUAAGUAGAGAGUCUGAAUGGCUAGGGACUUGGACAGACUCAUCCAGAAGAACUGGAGCUCAGGGUCAAAUGUUUCACUACUCAGGCUGGAAGGGGCUUUGAAUGGGACUUUAGCAAAAACCAGACAUUACCAAAAUCUUAGCAGAAGAGUGUGUAGACCCUAGUUACCCUGGAGUGUGCUGGGGGCCAUCAGGGAAAGUCUUUUCAGGAAUCUAGGUGGUGCUCUGGAGUCAAAGCACCAAGAAGACAAAGGGGCUUUCACCUGAAGGUGAUAGACUGGGCCCAAAUUUUUUUGUGUUGAAUAAGCAAGCUGGAUUUGUUGAGAUGAAGUGGAGUGGGGGAGAGGGAGGAGGUGCAGAUAAGGGCUAAAGCUACACCUAAAUAGUCCCAUAAAAGAGGAAGCCCUGACCUAACUCCCCAGAGCAAUCAGUGGCUGCAGGGGCUUGCUCUCCAGCUGGCUGUUUCUGCUGCCCCCACUUCCCCCACCCAAGCCAGGCCUGAUGGAAAUGCUGUCUCUCUCCUGAUAGGGCAAGGAUGACCCAGCAGAUCUGCAAGUAAGCAAGAGGAGCUCUCAACUGCCUUUCUCUCCUCUUAGCACAGCGACAGUGUGGCAUGGCCACUGACCACUCUUUCUUCCUCUCUCUUCUUCCUCUGGAUCAAGCCAUGGAAGGACACGACCGACAAUAAGGAAAUCUUCCUCGCAUAAAAGUGUCUUGAAGCUUCGGUCAUUAUUCUUCCACUUCCUGGUGCAAAUAAGUAAAUGCUGACUUGUGUCACUUGCCCCGGAUGCCACCGGAAAUGGCAUCUUCUCCCCACACACUGGCUUGCAAUCAUAGCAGAACCCAGAGGUUAACCUUGAAGCCCAGGCUCUCAGCUCUCCACCCUGGCCACUCUGAUCUGCUGCUGAGAAAGGAGUUUCUCUAGAGAAGAGAUCUAGAAUCAGCUGAGAGGCACACUUUGUAAUCACCAGUUACUUUAAUGAGAAGGACUUGCCAUCCAGGUUGCUCCAUCUCACCUGGCUUAACUACACAGCACUGAAGAAACUGUUACUUUGUAAUGAUAAGCUGCUGAAUUUCUAAAAAUGUACGGUGCAAGGGAACAGUCAAUUUGGUUUUGAACUGGGGAAAGGAUGUGAAGCAUCUAUUAUCUGUUCAAUUUAGUUUUGAACUGGGGAAAGGAUGUGAAGCAUCUAUUAUCUGUAUGUUGUGGUUGACCACAGAGGCUUGGCAUCAGCUUCAACUCACAGCUCUGCUUUUACAAAAAAUGGAUGACUUGAGGAAAUGACUCAAUCUUUCAACUUUAAUUUUCUAAUCUAUAAAAUGGAGAAACAUAAAAGUCCUAUUUCAUGGGGUUCUCAAGAGGAAUAAAUAGAUAAGCAAGUAGAACCCUUACUGUGGUAUGUAGUAAUAUUCACAUUAGCAAAUAAUAAUAAAUACCUUUUUAACUGGAAAGCUCCCUUAACCGCCAAGUUCCAUUCCCCCAAAUCUGCCAAGUUGGCUCUGAAUAACAAUCAAUAUUUGUAUAGCUUUGUAGAGUUUACAGAGCAUUUCAUUUGCUUUCCACAAUUAACUCUAAGGUAGCAGUGCACGGCUUAUUUGUUUCAGGAGCUGGGGCCUAAGGGAGCAGCUGAGAGUGGGAGGCAGUUGAUGGGCAAGGAGAGGCUCUGCUGGGCAAGGCAGUGGAAGGAGAUGCUCACUGGUCCAAAUGUGAGUGGAGGGGAGGAAAGCCAUGACUCUGGGGAAAAAGCCUUGUUUGAGAAGUUAUUUUGUGUGCCUGGGGGAUAGGACAUUAAUUUCUCCAGCAAAGGUUCAUGUUCCCUCAAAGUCUUCACCCCCUGGAUCCUGUCCCUAACUCUUUCCAACCCAUUGGGCUGGAAACCGGGGAGAUCCUUAAUCCAACUGGCCAUAGACAGGGAAGUGGGUGCCCAGAUCUACGAAGUCCCACUGUGGAAUAAUGUGGGUAAGGAUGGAGGCAGCCAGAGACUGGCUCUUAGAACCUGUUUUUAAAUUCAAAAACUUUUUUCCCCAUAGAACCAUUAUUGCACGUAGUAUUCAGAUUCUACGUAGUUAAAAACAAUAACAGUAAUAAUAAAAAGAAUGUAACAUUUUACAGGCUCUUGUGUAAUCUCCUUAGAGGAGCAUUUCUCCCCCCAUUUAAAGGAUGAAAAAACAAGCAAGGAGGUAAAGUGAGCAUGGGAGAUGGCAAAAACAGAAUUCAAACCCAGGCCUACUGACUCAGCCCAGUGUUCAUGUCACUGGUUAAAUGGGCUUUUGUGACCUGUUCUGGAGACAGAUGUAUAUUAUCUUAAAUUUUUAGACUACAACCCGUUUGUCAAUUGAAACUAGGCAGUCACUAUUAGCUUCCUGACCACUCUUCUUUUUCAACCAUGAGAACUUUUUUUUCAACCACUGGAUAGAAUCUAGAGGAGUCAGCAUAAGUAUUAAAAAAUUUGAAACAAAAAUAUAACACUAAUGCAGCACCGAGUUUUCCAUUCACUCUUAGAAAGAACAUCAGAGUCACAAAAAUUGAAUUUAGUUUCAUGCCUGCUUUGUUUUCCCAUGGAAAAUUUUAAAUCUGUGCACAAAACAUCAUUUUCUUUUGUGUUCUCAAAAGAGAAUAAAAGGAAAACUAUGUGAAACAUUUCUUUCUAGAUAAGAUUAUUUUUUCCUCUUAAUUUCGACAAGUAUUUAUAGCAGAGGUUAAAAGCUCAGGCUCUGGAGCUAUGUUUCCUUCUAAAGAAACAAAGCAAAACCUUAAAUUUAUCUAAUCGGAAGAUUCACGGUCAAUAACAGGCAGUUAUUUUUUAAGGAUACUUUUAAGCUCUACCAUUUACUAGUAGGACAAGCCUGGGCAAUUUACGUAACCUUCCAAGCCUCAGCCUACCCAUCUAUGAAGUGGUUGGGUGACAGCUCCCAGCUCACUGUGCGGUGAGAAUAGAGAGUCUGACGCAGAUUGAGUGCUCCACGAUCGCUAACUGUUACCAGGCUUCAGGCACUGGGCCUUGCGGGGUGCAAGGAAGGGGGAGGCCCACUUUCUGCCUUCAAGAACUAGGAUGGACUGGGGCAGACUAAAGGCACAUGGGCUGUUAAUGAUAGUACAAAACAGAACCAAGGGCUAAACAGAGGCUUUCCAUCAGGGGAAAGAGAAAUUCUCAAUCUGGGAGAAUAGGGAAGGCUCUCUGACAGAAUUGCCUUUUAAACUGGGUGAAAGGGAGUGAAAGAGAAUAGGGAAAAAUCCAGGCUGAGUCACAGGAGGAAACACAAAGGUGAGAAAACGCCCUCCAGGCUUACACAAAUCGUGUAUUUCAUCUGCAGAAGGCUUUGAGCAGACCCAGAGAGAAGGACUGUUUCCUAGGUUAAAAAAACAAAACAACAUACUUGAUAGAAUGCCAAAUGUUGACGUUAUGGCAGGCAUAUAAAAUGAAAGUGAAGAUAUGAGAUUUUCUAGGAAACCUAUGUGAUAGAAUUUUAUCUUGAAAAACCCAUAUAAAAUUAAAAUGAUAGUAUUUGGGAAGUAAUGUUUUAAUCAAAGUAAAACAAACUUUUUCAAGGAUUAAGACAACUUUGUGGAAAGUAAACAAAUUAAUCAUAAAACAGAGUUAAAAUUGAUCACUGUGCUUCAAGCAUCCCAGGAUAUAUUGAAACAUUUUCUCCUCUAAAGUAUAUUUUCAAGAAUUUUUUUUUUUAACUCCCAAGAAACGGUUGAACUAUUGUAUAUCCAGGAAGUCAUUCCAGCAUUUUGAUGUUUUAGGAGUAGUGGAAACAGCCACAGUCAUAGAAAAUAAAAAUGGCUUUUUAAGUAUUUCAGGAGCAGUUUAUUUCUACCCAGUUAUAUAUUCACAGCCAGGAUUUCAAGCAUCAAUUAUAUAGCAGCUCUCUGAAAAUGCAUGGUGAGAAUAUGCAUCAUCCCCAUGGAUGAUCAAUAUUUACUUUCAGGAAGAUCGAUCAAGGGUCACAAGAUAAUUAUUUUAGGAAUUCAGCCACAGGUUGAUGGGAGGAGGAAUUGGUGUCUGGAGAAUUUGGAAGCCAGAAGAAGCCUACACAAGCCUAGACUCUUCCUCCCUCCCCAUGGAAUUUUUUUAAAUGGACCUGAAUAGGUGUGGAACUCAGGAGACAGCUUUGGUCUAGAGAAAAAAUAAUAACUAAAACAUUUAUUGGACAUGUAAAAAAUGUCAAGCAUCAUGUUAAUCACUUUACAUGCAUUAUUUAAAACCCAUUCAUUUAAUCGUCACUUCUUAAGAAAUCGAUAGCAUUAUUCCCAUUUUGUUCAUGAGGAUUUUGAAGCGUAGAGUGGUCACUGGCUUGUAAAUGGCUGAGCAGGAAAUAAACCUGGGGACCUGACUCCAGAGCUCCUGCUCUCAGCCCCUGUGCUUUAUUGCCUCAGUUUAGGGACUAUCUGCAUAUAAAUGGUCAUUGAUAAGAGGGCCAUAUAAUUCCUUACAAUCCAAAUUGGGGCACCUUUUGGGGGGAGGAAGGGGCAAGGGUGCUCCCCCCACUUAAAAAUUUAUAAUUACGUUGGGAAAACAGGCAUAAACCAGAACUGUUUUGGGCAAAUACAGACAUGACCAUGCUAUUGACUGAUGCCUUGGGAGUGGAUGAAUUUACUGUGGAAACGAAUGUUGAAGAAAAGUUUUUUCUCAGAGCCGAUUAGUGGGCUCUGAGAAAGACCAACAUUUGGGGAUUUGGCAGAGAAAGAGAAACCCAGAAAGCAAACUGAGGAAGGAGAAACCAGAGACGAGGGUGUCACCGGCACAGGGUAGUUUCAGGGAAGGGAGUUGGGAGUCCCAGGAGUUGGGAAUGCUGCUGAUAUGAUAAGGACCAAGAAGAGGCCACUGGAUGAAGCAACAAGAAAAUCGUUGGUGAUUUACUGAAAAGCAUUUCUUUGGUUUAGUGGAGUUGAACGCCAAAUUAAAAUAAGCGAGUGGGAGGUGAGGGCCCAGACACAGCCAGUGUAAACAAUUCUUUUUAAAGAGUAGCCUUGAAAGGGAGGCAAAAGAUAGGACGGUGCUGGAGGUGGAGUCAAGGAAGUCUCCUUUCUUUGUUACACCAAGAAACUAGAAUGUAUUUAAUACUGAAAGGAAGGAGAGUGAUGACAAAGCAGAAUGCACAUUUAGCCCAUCUCUGAGAAGACAGCCAGGAGCAAAGCCCCCAAGGAUGUGGAGGACUCCCUUCAGACCCAAGAGACUAACCUUGCACCCAGGAGCCGUCCGCUGGCCUACCGUGGGCGAACAAAGCACGAGCUAGGGCCACCCGCCCUCGGCGCCAUGGUUUACCUGCGCGCUUCCGAAGUCCAGCAGCUGCUGCACAACAAGUUCGUGGUGAUCCUGGGAGACUCCGUCCAGAGGGCCGUGUAUAAGGACCUGGUGCUCCUGUUGCAGAAGGACUGCUUGCUCACUACCAAGCAGCUGAAGGCCAAGGGGGAGAUGAGCUUCGAACAGGAUGAGCUGGUGGAGGGGGGCAAGAAGGGACACAUGCACAAUGGGACCCAGUACCGCGAGGUGCGCCAGUUUUGCACUGGCCACCACCUGGUGCGCUUCUACUUCCUCACGCGCGUGUACUCCGACUACCUAGAGGCCAUCUUGGAAGAGCUGCGGUCUGGUGAGCACGCCCCGGACGUUGUCAUCAUGAAUUCCUGUCUCUGGGAUAUUUCCAGGUAUGGUCAGGACCCCUGGAGGAGCUACCGGGAAAACCUGGAGAGACUGUUUGGGCGGCUGGACCAGGUGCUGCCCGACUCGUGCCUCCUGGUGUGGAACACGGCUAUGCCGGUGGGCAAGAAAAUCACCGGGGGCUUCCUCCCGCCGGAAAACCAAUCCUGUGCCGCCUCCCUCCCAGGCGAUGUGUUGGAAGCCAACUUUUACAGCUAUGCAGAGGCGAGGAAACAUGGCUUCGAUGUGCUGGACCUGCAUUUCUAUUUCCGCCGUGCGGAGAGGCACCGGCAAGUAGAUGGCGUGCACUGGGACGAGCAUGCUCACCGACAUCUGUCCCAGCUGCUGCUGGCCCACGUGGCUGACGCCUGGGGUGUGGAGCUUCCCAGCCGCAACCCGGUGGGCAACUUGAUCACGGAGGGGCCGGUGAGGGCAAGACGUGCUCUGGGUGUUAAGAGGCAGCCCCAGGCCGGCAGAGAUCAACUUGCCUUGCCUUUACACCCAUUGUUGCCUCUGCCUGGACCACCCCUGCUCCCGCCCCCUCCCCUGCCCUGGCCUCCACCGCCACCCCCACCGCCACCUGUGUCAUUUCCCUUCCCACACCCACAUCCUAGGCCCCUUUGCCAUGCGACAUCCCAGUUCCCACCCAGUCCCCAAGAUGCCUGUUUUUUCUCAGACCAACCUCUCCAGUCAGAUCAGUUCUCAGACUGUUUCCACUUGGAUGUCCCCUCAUCUUCCCAGACAGGAUUUUUCAUUCAAGCAGAAUCUACGUUUAAUCCCCAGCCGCCUAUGGCCUCCUUCUGUGCACCUUACCAGCAGCGGGCCCGGGUAAUUCAUAGGGGUUUUCCCCAGUAUCCUCAUCGUGGCCCCUAUGUACCCAGGAGAGGGCGGCCCAGACCUUCAAAGAGACUGGCCCCAGCCCACCCAGAAUCAAGUCCUCGAUAGACUGACCUGGGACAUGGACUGGACAGAUUGCCUGACCCUUCCUUUCCAUUGGCAUGGCCUGAAGAGGCUGGCCUUGCUAAGUAAGCCUUCCCUUGGGCUUAAACCUCCGUUUAUUCAUUGCUGUGACCAAAAAAGA